AUGGAGGAGGGCGGUAUAGUGGAGGGACACCGCAUCUCUGUUCCUCCAUUAGCACAUGACUCAAAGAGCGGCCACAUCAUUCACCCUGUACUUUUCUUGUCCUGUCAGCUUCCAUCAGAUCGGUUUCGCUUUGCGUCUUGGCACCGCCUGGAGCAGUGUGAAGUUACAGGUGACCAGCUAACCUGCCCCAGGGUCAGAGAAGGGCCAUCAGAAGAGGAACUGUUUCAAAGAGAGGGUGCUGAUGUCUGUUUGGACCGAGGGAGGAGGAGGAGAGAGGAAGAAGGCCAGAGCUGGGAAGAGAGAUUGCAAGAAAACUGGGAAAACUGUCUGGAGUUAAAUCUGUCUUACCAAGACUUGGGUGAUCCCUUCCAGCAGGAGAAUUUCCUCCGGAUCCUCCGCCGGUUGAUCCGUGUGCAGAAACUGCAACUGGUUGACAACUCUCUCACAAACCUGAGUUCUGUGCGUCUGCCAAGGUGCAGAAUGCUAAACCUGCACCGUAAUCACCUUGUGUGUCUGCGUCAGCUGCCAAAGCUCCCAGCAGUGGAGCACCUUUGUCUCUCUGAGAAUGCCAUCAGCUCCCUGAGGGGACUGGGAGCUCUGGGGAGCAGCCCACUGCGCUCCUUAAACCUGACCCGCAACCCAGUGACCUUCACUCAGGACUACCGUGCAUGUGUUUUCUCCUCUUUGCCAAAGCUUGAGGUCCUGGAUGGAAUCCCCAAGCUGCCAGAAGACUCUCUGCCCACCAGACUGCAGCUUCCAGAAACAAGGAUCUGCAACAUUUUGUGACAUUCUUCCAUGGAUGGAUGCGUACUGACUCAGAUCUCCCAAUUCUGUUUGCUGCCCUUAGGGAGGCGAUGGCAAGGCUUCAUCAAAGAACUCCACAUUUUGAAAUUGCACUGAAGGUUUCACAGGUGUCUUC